UAAUACAUUUUCUUAUUGGGGUAAUUACCAGUAUUACACCGUAUGAGUGCCGGUGUUUACCGGAAGUUACAUAUAUUUUCCAAUUAACAAGAUGUCGAACACCGGGUCGCACGUGCUGGUGAGACUCUUCACAAAACAAUCUCAGUAUUCAGUUCCCGAUGCACCAUUCUCUGUCCCCAGUAAAAUCACUGUCAAAGAACUGAACAGUCUUGUCAAUGGAUUGCUAAAAGAAGCCCUCACUGACACACCAAAGCUGGUUGACUUUGAUUUCCUUAUCAAAGGAGAAUUCCUUCACACAACUCUUCUUGAGCACCUUGUUCAAAGCAAUAUCUCCACAGAAGAUGUUAUUGAAGUAGAAUACCUUGAGAGACACCCAGCACCCCAGCCUGAAGAUUCCCUUGUCCAUGAUGACUGGGUUAGCUGUAUCCAUGGAGGGAAACAAUAUAUAUUAUCAGGUUGCUAUGACAACACUAUUCAUAUUUGGAACAAAGAGGGUGUCAACUUAAAGACAAUAUCUGGACACACAGCACCGGUUUUGUGUGUGUCUUGGAUAAAACAUGACGAAAGUCCUGUCUGUGAAUUUGUCACUGGCUCCCAUGACCAAACAUUGCUACUGUGGCAGUGGAAUCCCAAAACCAAAGAAGUGAAAUGCAAUUACGUGUGUCGUGGUCAUUCAGCCAGUGUGGAUUGUGUGGCAGUAGACCACACCAAAAAAAGGAUGUGCAGUGGUUCCUGGGACAAUAUGCUGAAAAUCUGGUCUACAGUUGCCGAUGACAACACAGCCGAAACAACACAGGAUGAAGAGGUGAACUUGCUGAAGAAGAAGAAAAUCUGUGGUUAUAAAGCAGAGUUAAGAGUUCCCCUGCUAACACUGGCUGGUCACUCAGAGGGAAUAUCAUCACUGUGUUGGGUGGACCGUAAUCAAAUCUGUACUGCAUCAUGGGACCACACAAUGAAGAUUUGGGAUCUGGAAAGAGCUGAAUCUUUAACUACAAUGCAAGGAUCAAAAGUCUUCCUCGAUCUUGCUUAUUCUCCACUGAACCAAUUGAUUAUCACAGGAUCUGCUGAUCGACACAUUCGACUCUGGGACCAUAGAACAAAUGAGGGUGCAAUAGUCAAGAACAGUUUCUCUUCCCAUCGAGGGUGGGUGUCCAGUGUAUGCUGGUCACCCAACAGUGAAAACCACUUCAUCUCAGGUUCAUAUGACAUGCUAUUAAAACUGUGGGACGUACGAAGUCCAAAAGCUCCACUGUAUAACAUGACAGGUCAUGAGGAAAAGAUUCUUGCAGUGGAUUGGUCGAUUCCUGAACUUAUGUUGUCUGGUGGUGCUGACAAACACAUGAAGAUAUUUCACCACACUAAUACCAAAGAAUUCAUUGCUUCAUAAUAUUUUAUUAAAGAAUUACAAGAAAAACA